CCCCAUUCAAUCGAGGGCAGGCAUUCUUUGGUGAUAGACGCACACUUGCAAUCCGACUCCAGAAUGCAGCUGAUUCUCGUGGCGACCUUGCUGUGCCUGGCACUCGGCUGCUGCAGUGCAUCCAUAAGUGGGCCGUUCAUCUUCUGGGGCCACGCCAGAGUGUCCAGCCUGCAAUCGCAGGCCUUGGUGGAGUCGAGCAGCAGGGAGCUGCCGCUGACGCAACUUUUCACGGAGGCCAAGGCAAUCGUGGUCUUUGUGCGCAACGCAACCAAUCGACUGGAGGGCACCAGGUAUCCCAAGUUCCAGAAUCUCGUCAAGAGUGGAGCCUGGAACUAUCUGCCACAGCGAAGACUAGCAGCGGAACCCUUCGGCUUGAAUGCCAACAUUGAGGUUGUGAGCCUCUCGGGACACGGCGAAGAGGAUGACUCUGAGAUUCUGUUGGCCUACAACGAAGCCGUGAACACCUACGGCCGCGGCGAGGUGCUGGGCAUCCUGGCCAGCCGCGAGGAGGAGGCCCACUUCCUGGCCAAGCGGGAGGCUUCACCAGCUGCUGAGGAGGAGGAGAAGGCGAAGGCAGCCGACGGCCCAGAGGAGACCGAGGCCAGUUUCAUCUACGUGGCCGAGGGCAACAAGGCGGUGCUCAGUCUCAAUGGACCACUGGAGCUGCGGCUGACCAAUGACACCCUGAAGCUGGAGGAGCACAUCAAGCAGAUCACCUUCGAUGACCAGCGGGCCAAGGGUUAUGGUCGCUUGAGCAUCACCUUCAUGCAUUCGGGCGAGAAGUGCACGCUGCGAUUUAAGUUCUCCCUGAUCCGCGGAUCCUGGACAUUGCGCAACGUGGAGGUGGAGUACCGGGAGCUGAAGAGUGUCCUGGUGGCACGUGGCGAUGAGUACACCCUGCCCUCCGCACCGCUGGGAUUCUCGUACCGCUGCUCAGCGGAAAGCGUCAACUUCCUGAAUCCCGCGCGGAAUGAGACCAUCCAGAGUCUGCUCCUCAGCGAUUUCCAGGUGCAGCCGUGGCUCAAUGGACGCCUGGAGUAUGGCGAGGUGUACGACUGCAUAGGAUUCGUGACGGCGCCCAUCCUGGCAGGACUCUUCGUGGUGACCCUGCUCCUGGGCAUCCUGGGACUCGGCAUCUCCGCCAUGCUCAGCAUGCACACGCCCAAUCGAUUCGAGAGUUCGCGCAGCAAGCAGUUGACCUUCACCAUUCAGGAGUAGGAAAGCCAUUGAGACUUCAGUCUCGGAUGACCACACUCAGAUCCUCGGCAGCCAUGUUCAUCCAGAUCACCUACGUGGCCUUCAAGCCCCUGGCUCUGUUCACCCUGGCCAUCGAGUUCUUUCUCAUCCACCUGCUCUUCGUGUUGGUCGUGCUUUACGUGUAUGUGCUAUGGUAUUACUGAACAAUUUAACGUGGAGAUAAAAAAAUAUAUGAUAUACUCGUAAUAGUUGAGAAA